AUGCGUACACAGAGCGUCCAAACAAUCCAAGAGUGCCUGGUGCGGCUGUGCGAGCCGCGAUGGCGCGUCCUCAUCGCUCAGCGUGGACGAAGAGCGAGCGCGGGCGCUGGCGACGAGCCGGAGCACACCCCAUACUGGCGGACGCAAGCGAGCCACUGUGCGCGACUGCGGACCGCGUGCCCCGAGCGGCACACGGUAGCUCCCGCUGUUUACAAAGUAAAGCCUCUAUUUAGAACAAGGGCGAAGGGCCCAAUUCUGUGCACCGUGCGCCGCCCGACCGAGUACGCGAGCGGGCGGCUCGUUUGUGCGGUAGGGGCGUCGGGACCGGCUCCGGCGGCGAGAUCAAAAGCGCCGCAGAUCAAAGGAACCGCCGCGCGAUCGGCAUCCGUCAUUAUUAUUAUGCAAGCAUUACGAGGCGCGCGUGACUCAGGCGAGAGGGCCACGCGAGAUGCGCGGGCGCCGCGCCGGCUGCCGCCCUCCCCCCGCAGGCCCUGUGCCACCCUCCACCUGUCAACAGCAUCGACACCGAACAAAACGACCGCCCUCGGGUCUUGUAGACGAACCGAGCGCCUCCUCCUUUACAGAUUAACCAUACACAUGGUCUUUAAGGCACAAUCUUGCUCCUAUAUAUUAUAUACAUUUUGCAAAUAUUCUUAA